AUGGCUCUCACACUAGACGGCAUCAUGACUAUUGUGUUUGGUGUCUUCAUGGCCAUCAUGUCUCUUGUGUCGUUGUGGCAGGCGGCACACUUCGCCGCACGUGGUCAUCGAACUCGCGACCCUCGAGUCAACAGCUUUGAACUGGAGGCAUGA